UCGCCUUUAAUAGUUUAAUGCGCUGUUUAAGAGCGUAUAAGCUAAACGUGUUCUAUACUUCUACAGUUCUAUAGUGUUUUGAUUCAGCCAUAAGUUAUAUAAAUUAUAAUAGUACAACCUACAAUAUAUUGCUAAUAAGUGUAAUAAGCAUAUUAUUAUUAUACGCAACGAACGGUAAUUGCCACCAGCCAAUACGCAAUUAUGUGGACUAUUGUCUGUUUUGCUGUGGACAAUAGUGUUGAUGUUGUACCUGAUACAUGGUAUCACAAAGGUGCAUGUGCAUGGCCCAAAAAAAAAUCCAAUCUAAAAAAAUUUUUAGAAGGACGUUUUCAACCAAACAGAGAAGAUUUUGACUAUUAUGACGCCCGUCCUCUACAACAAAAUAUAAAGAGUUUCCAUCAAGCUCGUUUAAAAUCUUUAAAAGCUCAAGAUACGUCUGAGCUUUCCUCCAAUGAAGACGACAAGGAAACUAGGAAAAAAAGGAAAAAAGUAUAUUAUUCAUCUCAAGAAUUCAGCAACGAUCGAGGCAUCGAUUAUACAUCUGAUGUUUUAUGUCCUCCAAUAUUAGAAGAAAUUGAAGGAACAACAGUAGAUAAUUUGAUAUCCGAUUAUAAUUCUUUUGAAGGGCACAAAGAUAUAAUUUUUGGUUCAAAUUUAUCACAAGUGCAAAGCACAUCAAAUUCACAAGAUAUACAAACAAUUACAGAGAGUGUUAGACCGCAUUCAGAUAUUCAAAAUGAAACAAAAUCUACGUCAAAAAGAAAUCUAUUUGAUACAUCCAUUAAUUCUGAAUCUUCUGAAGCUUCUGUUAACGAUAGUUUUCUAGAUUCAGAAAAGAAGCUACGUACUCCAACUUUGAUUCGACAAGUAAUAACUCCAACUAGUUCUGGUGAUAAUAGAGAUGGUGGAAAUAUAGCUUUUCAAAAAUCCAUAAAUAGAAAUAUUAUUGUUAUGAAACACGAUUUGAAAAAUAUACAAGAAAAUAUUGAUAAUUUGUUUGCAGUACAACAACAAAUAUUAGAUAAAUUAAAUAAUAUCCAAUCAGAAACAUUACAUUUUGAUGGUUUUGAUAAUACUGAUGAUUUGAUGCGUAUUAAUAAUGAUGCUGAUUUAGAUACUAUGGAAGAUAAACUUACCAAUGAACAAAAAUUCAGAAGCAAAGUGAUUUUAGAAUUGUCUCGUCUCACUGGUUCUAAUAUGUCUGAAACUGUACGGAAAAUCAUGCAAAAACUAUUUACUGACAACUUUUUGGCAAAUUAUUCUUAUAUUGGGUUCAAAGGAAAAAAACAGUUUUCAACUCUUCAAACAUGUAGAAUUAUUUUUGAAUCCAUAAGAAAAAUGAGACAAUACAAAGAUAUUAGUGAUAUUGAAAUAGAAAAACCAUUGAAAAAUUGGAUGGCUCAAUCAUCAGCUCGCAUAAAAAAGACUAAGGAAAAAUAUUCUAUCAAUAAUAAAGCUUAAAAAAAAUCAAAUCACUAAUAUAUUAUAUGAUCAGAAUUCGUUCUUUUAAUAAAUGUGUAUUAUUAACAUUAAGAGGUACAUUUAAAAUUUUUUUUUUUCAUUUGUGCAAAUUGUAUUCUUUUUGUUUAUUUAAUCACAUAUAAUUAUAUAAUAUUUAUUUAUUUUAUUAAAUAUUAUAAACUAUUAUAUUGUAUAUCUAUAA